AUGUUGCCGGAAAAAUAUCUACUCAGCUUGUAUUGGACCAGAAUGUUCAAUGUGUUAAUGCAAAACUAUCUAUCGUCCACCACAACUUGCAUUAUUUGGUCUGAGAAUGAAAACUUUUCAAUCAACUGGGAGAAUGCCAAUCCAACAGCCGGUGCAAUCAUAAACAUCCGCUUGCGUGAUUUGGAGGAAUCUUUUGUUGAAGAUGUUGUGAAUUUUGCAGCCAAACGUGAAGAGCUACUCAAUGAUUAUGUGACAUUGAAUCCAUUUGUGGAAAAGUUGACUUUGUCAAUAGAAAAGUCACAUUGUGAGAGUUUCAUUGCCUUUCAAAUGGAUAUACCAAUUUUCAUUGAAGCGAUUAUAAAUGCCAGUCGCUAUUCAAUUUGGCGUUCAUUAAGCAAUAAAUUUGUAUUCGUCUACAAUGAGAAUGCACUACAAGAAGUUGUCUUUCGGCAUCGAUUUUUUGAAGAUCAAUCCGCCAUACUUCUUAUUGAGCGAUCUAAUGCGAGUGCCGAAAUUUUCCAUUUGAAAACAAAUAAAUUUGUCGGUCCAAGAGCUGAGAACCCUAAAGAAAUUUAUUCGCUUGAUCGCUUCAAUGCCUCUGGCAACAAUUUCCUACAAGGCAGCAAUCUCUUCCCGGAUAAGUUGAAAAAUCUGCAAGGACGUGAAGUGAUUUUAGCAGCUUUCGACUAUCGGCCGGAUGUUAUUUUGGAAUAUUAUCCUGGCGCACCUUCGCAUGACAGAGCUUUUGCACCUAACGAUACUAAUGGCGAUGUCAAAAUCGAUGGCACGGAGGCCAGAAUAUUGAAGACAUUUUGCGAAAUGUAUAACUGUUCGAUCGAUAUUGAUAAAUCGGAUGUCGACGACUGGGGUAUUGCUUACAGGAAUAUGACUGGAGAGGCCACUUUGGGCAUGUUAGCUGAGGGCAAAGCUGAAGUGGGCAUAAGCGCUAUGUAUACGUGGUAA